AUGCGCAACUCGGUAGCAAUCACCACCUCGUCCUCGACUCUCAUGCACACCUCACUCGCAUACUUCUCCAACGAAAUCAGGACCGUCGAUGCCAUCAUUUCUUAUCCUUUUCAUCGUUUUAGACAUUCCAAGCCCAUUCUACCCAGGGAAAUCCUCCUGCACAUUCGGUCUUACCUCCACACCAACGUCACCAAGGAUCUCAUGAUGCAGUCUUACUCUGCACUACAGCGCUACGAAAAUACCCUUCGCCACUUACUUUGCACGGAAUGUCUCUCAUAUAACGAAUACGUCUAUGGUGACGACCUUUGGCAAUGGGAGGACUUUUCAGGUGCUUGUCGCUGCAUUGAAGGGGUGUAUAUUGCGUCGCGACCGUCUUACACCACCGCCAAUGCUUCUUCAUUGACACAGACGCCCUCUCUAAAUCCCAAACGAUUCGUGGGCCGCCGGCAGUGGCUCGAGUACUACCUCUCUCGUAAAUCAUUGCGCUUCAUUCAACGCAAACCCCUCGACCAAUCCACACCUUCUCGUUCACAGCCUACCAUAUGGUCUCUCGUUCGCCGUGUUCUCCAUCAGUAUUUCCAAUGUGUUAGCAUUCAUGACAUAUCGCCCCUACCUCCCUCUUGCUCGGGCAGCAAUGAAGGCAGUGAUAUCCUGAUCGUGCCUGUGCCUGACCUUGCAGGCACGGGCAUACUUUCAGACGAAUGUACCACCAAGGUUAAGCUCGAACGCGUCGAACGCGAUUUAGGCUUGACGGUUCCAUAUGAUUUACGAAGUACUUUAUCAUCGCAGAUGUACCCCGCCUCACCUGCCCUGUCGUCUACUGCUCCCUCAAUGUUGUCGUUUUUAUCCUAUCCACCGGAACUCCCUCACGUGUUCAGAGCUGUAGCAAACGUGAUUCCGAUCCUCUGCACAGUUCUUAUCACCACCAUAUCCCUACCAGUGUCGUUCCUGACCCUCGUCCUUACACUUGUCUGCUAUUAUCUUAAACCCAGGGCCUUCACGAUAUUGCUUUGA